AUGUCCACACAAGUUACUGAAACUCCAGUUAUCUAUGCUCAAGUUACUGAAAUUCUUGGUCGUACUGGAUCAAGAGGAGGUGUAUUACAAGUAAGAUGUGAUAUUAUUGGAGAAAACAGACAAAUCCUUAGAAAUGUAAAAGGACCAAUUAGAGUAGGUGAUAUCCUUACCCUUCUCGAAGCCGAAAGAGAAGCCAGAAGAUUGAGAUGA